AUGGAACAGUUGAAACUUAGAAUCAGCAAUGUAAAUCGAAAAAUCGGAAAUUGGAGGGAAAAAUUGCUUAUUUCGUCGGAGAAAUUUGACAGAAAUUUCCUCAGAUGGUGCAUCAUUGAGGGAUCAAGACUGCUUAAAGAAAUGGGUUUCGCUGUUUGUGUUGCUACUGCACCUCCUGUAUCUAUGGAAAUAAGAUUGGUAAGAAGAAGCAAACUUGACAACGCUCCAUCGGCAUUACCUCGUUCGAUACCUAUCUAUAUCUCUACGCUGAAGAAAGACAUAAAUCUAGAGGAACUGAGACGUCUGUAUGCACACUGUAACCUCUCUUGCAACCGUUUAUCCGAGAAUGGUAGUAGCAUCGUCGAAAAGACUGUUGACAUGAAGAAGCUGCGUACAGCUAUCUCACGAAGCGAUGUUGUUGUCUCUGUGUUUUGUAAACCUCAUCACACUGAUCUUGAUGAUGAUGAGAGUUUGUCUUCCUCAUUGUUUCCUUUGAACUCUAAGAAACAGAACAAGGAUAGAGAUUUGUUUCGUAAUGUGUUGCCUCUCACACCUUCAAAUGGCAAGCUUGUUGGAUUUGGUCGUGCGUAUUCUGAUUAUGGCUUGACCGCUUCUAUCCACGAUCUAAUGGUUUUACCUUCACUACAGCGGAUGGGGAUCGGUAAACUAAUUGUUAACAGAAUUACCAGGCUUCUCAUAAGCAGAGAAAUCUACGACAUAGCAGCACUCUGCUUCGAGCAUGAAAGGCCAUUCUUCAAAGCGUGUGGGUUUGGAGAUGACAGGAUGGGUUCCACAACGAUGAUGUUCACGAAGAGCUUGGAGGUGUAA